GUUGGUGCCGCGCUGGGCGCAGGCGGGUUACCUUGUGGCCAAGGUGGUGGCGGUGGAUGCGGACGCGGGGCAGAAUGCGUGGCUGUCCUACGAGCUGGCCAAGGCGACGGAGCCGGGGCUCUUCCGCGUGGGGCUGCACAACGGUGAGGUGCGCACGGCACGGGCCGUGACCGAGCGCGACGCGCCCAGGCACAGGCUCGUCGUGCUGGUACGAGACCGCGGUCAGCCGCCGCGCUCCGCCACCGCCACCCUCGCUAUCGCCCUGGUGGACGGUUUCUCCGAAUUCCACUUGCGGAUGAGCGAAGAGGCGCCGGCCGCCGAUUCCGACGGGAGGCUCACCUUGUACCUCAUCAUCUGCUUGGCCUGCGUGUCCGCGCUGUUCCUGGCCACCGCGGCGGCCGCCAUGAUUCUGAAGGUACGGAGGGCCAGGCAGAGCAUGGUGGAGUCCUUGCCCACUUUCCCGAAAUCUGCCCCUCAGAGCAGCGCUGGCUCCUUGCCCCGUAGCUACAUGUACGACGUCUGCUUCGCCGCCGGGACUGUCAACAGCGAGUUCCGCUUCCUUAGGCCCAUCUUCCCCUGCUUCCCAGCUGGGCUGCCCCACGGCCCGGGCGAUCAGCGGAGCUCGGUGUGCUCGGCCAACCUCGGGGAAGAAGCUGACUGGGCUGCACAGGGUCGAGUUCGCCUCUCCGAAGGCACGGGUCCCAGGCCAGCAGAGGAAAAUGCCAGUUCUGAUCAAAAUCCUUGGCUCACCCAUCAGUAAGUGAGGAGAAAGACAAACAUCUUGGUCCUCACUGGCUAACGUCCUCACAGGAAAAGAAGAGCAGAGAGACCGAACAUGCACCAAAAAAGUACUAGUGAGGUUUAAGUGUUCUCUGUGAGAGAGCAAGGACUCUCUCAUCUUAAACAGUAUUUUGUUCAUAUAAGUAUUUUGAAAUUGUGAUAAGGAUGGAGGAGGACUAUGUUGCAUGCUGGUUACACUGAGACUUGAUAUAUGAUUGUGAGAGUGCUACUUCUCCUGGAUGUUAAGGGAAAGAUGAAAAACAGAAACAGAUCUUCAAGAUCUGUUUUUCCUACAUCAGCUUUUCUGUAUUAUUUGUUAUUGUGAAGAGGGCUCCUUCAUAACAUUUUAGUUUUCUUCUAUUUGUUCAAUGCCAGGCCAUUGAAUUAUAGAUAUUAAAUUAAAUGAUGCUUGCAAGGGAGUUUUUUUUUUAUUAACUAACAGAAGUAAAUUACAUUCGAAGUGGCUGAUAUUGGCACACUGUGUAAUCGAUCAUGAAUUUACACGUUCUCCAUAAAGUAAAGGGUGCUCUUUGAGCACUGUAUUCCCUUUUUUAAUUUGUUUCGUUUACUUUCAUAAUAAAGCCGAAAUGAACAGUUGAUGAGCAUGUCAGGGUUAUCAAAUAUAAGGUAGUAGAGAAUUAAAAAUACUGUUUGUGUUCUAACAGUAAAACGUUUACAAUAAUCUCAAGGCACUCAAAAAUACAGAAAGUCAAGGAGCAUUCCGUUUUCCUUUACUGUCAUUAAUCGGUACUAAAAUAUAAAGUAAGGUAAUAUUUCCUGUCACACGUUUAAAGGAGUAAAACGCCUGAUGACAAAUAAACAAUAAAAGGUACCUGUAAACCCCUCGGGUGAGUGUGCUAUCUCAAAGAUCAAUUGUCACGGUAAUCGCCUAGGUAAUACCCACCCCAGGAGCUGUAUUUUGGGAAUAAAUCCAUGCAUUAGAAGUGGAUAUUUUGCAAGGCAAAUCAGAAUAUCUUGGGAAUAGGGUGUUCUCCUGCCAGAGCAGGGUGGGGUGGGUUUGUCUGAGUCACGCUAAGAUCCGUGAGAAAAUAGGGAUGCUACCCGAGCCCCUUUGCAAGGGCUCCUGGCCUGACAGGUUGUGAAUCGGGAACAAUUUCAAUACAUUUGAGAAAACAGUCCAAGAACUAAUAAAGGGAACCACCUAGCGAUCACUGGCAAGGUUCAUGGACCAGCUCAUUUUGGAUGCUGGACACUUAUAGCAGUACACAGCUUUUUAGCUAAAGGGCCUGAAAAGUCAUUUAUUUACUAUGCAUAAAAAUUGGAACGAUUUCAGGGAAGGACACCACGAAAAAGCAGCCUUAGAUAAAUCUAAUUUUCAGAUAAAAGGCAAACAGAAACAUUGCUCAUUCGAACUUUUGACAGAAUAGUAAGGGAAGUUAAAGAUAGUUUCAGAACAGAGAAAUCGAGCAGUUUGUCUCUUAUUUUUGCGCUUUUGCAGAGAUCUCCGUGUACUUUCGCACGCCGUCCGCCUGGUGCCGCUGCUGACCGCAGAGGCUCUGAGCAGCUCCAGGCUCCACGGCCCUUGGGCUCGACUAGCUGGGGCUGCUCCGCUUGGGGGUCGGCGGGAUAGAUCGACACCUCCGUCCUACUCACGGAGGGGGAAGGAAGCUUAGCCGAGUGGGAAAUGGAGCUGAGAAAGAGGGAGGAACCGCUCCCAUGGCGAGCGUUGUUUGUGAUACUGUUCCUCUGCGUGCCGGUGGGGAGAGCAGAAACCGCCCGGUACUCUGUGCCCGAAGAGGCGGAGAGAGGCUCCCUUGUGGCAAAUAUCGCUAAGGAUUUGGGUCUGACCGCUGAGGAAUUGUCGACUCGACAGGUCCGACUCGUUUCUGAAGGAGAAAAACAGUACUUUGAACUGGAUCGGCACACCGGGGAUUUGAUUGUGCGAGAACAGAUGGAUCGAGAGGAGCUGUGCGGGCAGAGCGAGCCCUGCCUGGUACGUUUCGAUGUGUUGUUAGAGGGUCCACUGCAGUCCUUCCGCGCCGAGGUAAGCCUCACAGACAUUAAUGAUCAUGCUCCCGUAUUCUUAAAUAAAGAAAUAAUUUUAAAGAUUUCAGAAACUACAAAGCCGAAAGCUCGUUUUUUACUGGAAAGCGCUCAGGAUCCAGAUGUGGGGAACAACAGUGUUCAGCAUUACAGCAUCAGCUCGAACGGUUAUUUCCAUAUCUACAACCGGCAGCGUAGUGACGGCAGGAGGCACGCCGAGCUGGUGUUGGACAGAGAGCUAGACCGGGAAAAGCAGGCAGCAGUGGCGUUCAGCAUCACGGCUGUGGAUGGUGGAUCUCCACCGCGCUCUGGUACAGCCGUAAUCCGCGUGGUAGUCCUGGAUGCAAAUGACAACAUUCCAGUAUUUACGCAGAGCCUGUAUAAGGUCCGAAUAUUAGAAAAUAGCUCCGAGGAUACCUUGGUGGCAGUGGUGUCUGUUAAAGAUCUAGACUUAGGAAUGAACGGGGAAAUAGCCUAUUCCGUAGUUCAAAAUUCAGAGGAUAAUCGAGAGACAUUUAAAAUAAAUCCAGAGACAGGGCAGAUUCGACUCAAAAAAACACUGGAUUAUGAAGAAACAAAGACCUACGAGAUAGACGUCCAGGCCACGGAUGGAGGAGGCCUAUCUGCGAACUGCAAGGUGGAGGUGGAGGUGCAGGACGUGAACGACAACGCCCCCGAGGUAACAAUCACCUCCCUCACCAGCAGCCUCUCCGAAGCCGCCCCGCCGAAGACGGUGGUGGCCCUCUUCAGCGUGCGGGACCGGGACUCAGGGGAUAAUGGCAGGACGAGCUGUGAGCUGCUGGGUGAGCAGCCCUUCAGCAUUUUGCCGCUCGUGGGUGAAGCGUACGCGCUAGUGACAUUGGAGGCGUUGGACCGGGAGGAGGUGUCGGGGUACAACGUGACAGUCCGGGCCAGUGACGCGGGUACUCCUGCACUCUCAACAUCGAAGACACUGUUGGUGCGGCUCUCGGACGUGAACGAUAAUGCGCCCACCUUCUCCCAGGCCGUUUACAGCAUGGUGCUACGCGAAAACAAGCCCUCUGGGACGAUCCUGGGCCGCCUUAAUGCCACAGACGCCGACACGGGUGAAAACGCCCGUGUGAGCUACAUGCUGGUGCCGACUCCACUGGGGGUCUCCGCUGCGCGGUCCUUCUUGUCGGUGGAGGCCGAGAGCGGCAUACUGCGGACUCUGCGUCCAGUGGACUACGAAGAGGUGCACGCCAUCGAGGUGACCGUGCGUGCC